UUAUGACAUAAUCACAUUUUUGACUUUGACCGUUCGCGGAUAUUCUUUACAGGUUUAAUUGGAAAUAUUUUAUAUUUUCGAAAAAAGCAAUUAAAAUGAGUGCCUGGAGAGCUGCUGGUUUAAAUUACAUUAACUACUCAACUAUUGCUGCCCGGCUAUUGAGACAAGCUUUAAAACCUGAAUUUAGAGCAGAUGCCGCUAAAAGGAAUGAAUCUCACAUUAAAUUCACAUCGUGGGUUGAUGGAAAACCAGUCGGUCGUAAAGAAUAAUAAUAAGUCGUAAACCAUCAACAAUGUGCUCCAGAAUAUGAUCGCCACUUGAACAAGCCUUAGUAAAACCAGUUUUUAUUUUUAUGAUACUGUGUAUUUGUGUUAAUGUGAACUUAUACCAAAUAUAGUUUACCAAAGAUUAAA